AAUUAUGUACAUUGGAUAUAAGGAUAUAGUUUCUCUCUCUCUGUCUCUCUUCCUAAUUUCUCUCUCUCCUGCGACAGCCAGGGGACUUGGAGAAAACAUUGCCAUUUCUCAGGGCCAUGUAAUUCGAAUCCUCUCAGAUCCGGAUCAUAUCAAAUUCCCCACCUAUUUUAUACGAAACCGGAAUCAGCCAUGACUAGGCGGUGCUCGCAUUGCAGCCACAACGGCCACAAUUCGCGGACCUGCCCUAACCGUGGGGUCAAGCUCUUCGGGGUUCGAUUGACCGACGGGUCGAUCCGGAAAAGUGCUAGUAUGGGCAAUUUGAGCCAUUAUACCGGAUCACCUAACCCGGGUGGUGCGCUUGCAUCCGGGUCCAACAACCCCGGAUCACCUGGGGAGACGCCCGAUCAUGGCGCCGCUGCUGAUGGUUACGCUUCUGAGGAUUUCGUUGCUGGGUCUUCUUCCAGCCGUGAGCGAAAGAAAGGUGUUCCAUGGACUGAAGAGGAACAUAGGAUGUUUCUUCUUGGUUUGCAGAAGCUUGGGAAAGGUGAUUGGCGAGGAAUUGCGCGCAAUUAUGUUAUAUCAAGGACGCCUACUCAGGUGGCCAGUCAUGCGCAGAAGUAUUUCAUCAGGCAAAGCAAUGUCUCGAGGAGGAAAAGGCGGUCCAGUCUGUUUGAUAUUGUUGCUGAUGAACCAGUUGACACUCCAAUGAUAUCACAAGACUUCUUGUCUGCCAACCAUCCCCAGACUGAAACACAAAUCGAUGAUCCGAAUCCGUUGCCUGCUCCUCCUCCAUUGGAUGAAGAAUGUGAAUCAAUGGAUUCUACAAACUCCAAUGAGACAGAUGCUGCUCCUCCAAAGCCAGAUAGUUCACAGUCAGUUUACCCAGUUAUAUACCCAGCUUAUAUCCCACCAUUCUUCCCAUUUUCUUUUCCACUGUGGUCAGCAUACAAUGCGGAGCCAAGUAAGAAGGAGGAGACUCACGAGGUUCUCAAGCCAACAGCAGUACAUUCAAAAAGCCCAAUCAACGUUGAUGAGCUGGUUGGCAUGUCAAAACUAAGUUUAGGAGACUCUAUUGGCCCCUCGUCUCUUUCCUUGAAAUUGCUUGAAGGGUCUUCAAGACAAUCUGCUUUUCAUGCUAAUCCAGCCUCUAACGAUUCAAACAUGAACUCAAACGGCAGCCCAAUCCAUGCAGUUUAAAGGAAGCCUUUUUUGCAGGCAUGGGAUUUGUAGGUUAGCUCAGUGCUGAUGAGCUUCAUAGUUACUGUUUAUACAAGACAAUAAUGUCAAUGUGCAGUCUGUCUUGGGUUAAUUUGCAUAUUCGUUUGUGGGAUCGUUUAAUAAAUUUUAUUUCUUUUUAAUUUCAUCUUUUUCCAAAGAAUCAGUAGUUUGUUUUAGAUGGUAACUUGGUGUAGGCUGUAGGAGCUUGUCAGAAAUUAUUUGAAUCUUUAACAUUUAUAUUAAUUUGAGGAGGGUUGUUACUCUCUCUGUUUUUUCGAGGAA